UAAUGAAAAUGACAAUCCAUAAGAGCAAUGGAAUUCCCAUUUCGAGUAUAUAUAGCAAAAGAAUGUCCCUGCGGCGGAGGCUUGUGCCGGAUAAGGACCUCCACCACCCAAAACAACCGUUCCUACUAUAGCUGUCCCGGCAGAAUGGAGAUGCACUGUGGUUACUUCGGAUGGUGCGAUGAGGUGGAACCGCUGCCACCGGUUGAGUUUCUGGGUGUCGGAGAGCUGCCGCCACCGGUUGAGAUUCUGGGUAUCGGAGAGCUGCCACCACCAGUUGAGAUUCCGCGUAUCGGACCUAACCGAUACCCGGAAUGCCCUUGUGGUGCCGGAAUUUGUACGCUUAAGGUUCUUCGACAUGGGCCAAAUGCUGGUCGUCAAUACUUUGCUUGCCGCAUUAAGAGGGGACACGGAGCUUGUAAUUUUCACCAAUGGUUGGAUCACGAUGAAAUUGAGAUUGACUCCUGCCCACCACCACCAGAAACACCAUAGCUUACAUAAUAAGGGGAAGAUGAAGCAGUUGAUGCAUAAGCUAUUAACUUUUGGAGGAGAACAGGUUUUAGCCUAAAGAACUACUAAUGUUCAUUACAUGUUGGUUUUAUGUAAUCAGUGAUUAGUACUAGUAUGGCGUAAGAUUUAAACUUAGGUUGAAGUUUGUUUAAAUUGCUGCACUUCACAUUUUGUUUUUGAUGUUGACCAUAAAGUAAUACUAGCUGUAAACUUGUAACUUGCGCUUGACUUGACUAGCUUGGGAUACCCUUUAUGCUAAAGAGAAAUCUAUACUUGGGAAAAAAAACACACACACAUAAAGUAGGAAUCAAACUUGAGAGUUUGAGACCUCUCUUGGCAAAGCUCACAGUACUAGUACCAAGUGAGCUAUCAGCUAUUAUGUGUGAAAGUGGUAAUCCAAUUGUUAGUGUAUUUCGUGCUAAUUGAUAGUGUAUUUCAUGCUAAUUGAUAGUGGAUUUCACUAUUUCGUGCUAAUUGUGCUAAUUGUGGAAACAAUUUAUCGUGGUAAUUGUACUAAAUUUGUAGUGUAUUUC